GCCGACGCGUCUCCGUGCGGGGGCGGCUUUCUCUUCUCUGCUCGCCUCCUCCGCCGGCGGCGGCGACGACGACGCCGACGCGAGCGACUAAGAAGCCGAGGAAGAGCAGCGGCGCGGCGGCAGAGGACCCGCCCGGAUCGUGCCGCCCGGCUACGCGCGAUCGAGUUGAGGAGGCGGUGGGGGGCAAGGGAAAAGGGGGGGAGGGGCGACGUGACCCCGCGGCAUGGCAGGAAGUAAUCCACCACCAAAGCCAUGGGAGCAUGCUGGGACUUCAUCUGGUCCAGCACCAUUCAGGCCCCCAUCUGGGGGUAGCACUAGUGAUAUUGUUGAAGCAUCUGGCACUGCAAAACCUGGGGAAGUUGUUUCUGCUACAGAGGGCAAUGUUACAUCCAAUGUAAACGGCAACAUUUCUAGGCCUUUGCCCCCACGACCUUGGCAGCAGCAAGGAUAUGCGAAUUCUUAUGGAGGUUAUGGCUCCAGUAUGUAUAGUUCAUAUGGUGGGUUUGGUGGACCUUAUAGUAGCGGUGGACUUUACGGAAAUAACAUGUAUUCGAGUUAUGGAGGAGGUUAUGGGGGUAUGUAUGGAAGUUCUGGAAUGUAUGGCGGGUCCAUGUAUAAUAGCGGGAUGGGAGGUCCCUAUGGUGGCUAUGGUAUGGGCAUGGGUGCUUACAACCAGGGUCCAGAUUCAUUUGGUCCGCCAGCACCACCCCCAGGCUUUUGGAUGUCCUUCCUACGAGUGAUGCAUGGUGUUGUAAAUUUUUGUGGGCGAGUCGCUUUCCUUUUUAGCCAGAACACACAGGCAUUCCACAUGUUUAUCUCAGCCCUCCUGCAGCUAUGUGAUCGGACUGGAAUGCUUUAUGGUGAGCUUGCGAGGUUUGUUCUACGCUUGCUUGGGAUCAAAACAAAGCCAAAGAAGGGCGCAGUUCAGGGCACAGAAACUUCAUCAUUUCAAGGUCCAGGGAAUCAGUUUGCUGAGGCACCAAAAGCUAACUCUUGGGACAGUGUCUGGACCGAUGAUGGUAGGGGGAAGUAAGGCAUCUUUGUGCAAAGUGAGUUUGUUUUAUGAGGGAAUGAUGAUGAGAUGUUUAUGUGGGAGAAACAAUCAGCCAAGAUGCGAUUUGUGUUUGGACGAGAGGGAAAAAGUAACUCCAAAUUCUUCUUAUUCUUUUUUGGUUAUGCCAUGGUCUUUCCUAGUACACCUGUAGCUCUGUAACAAGCUGUUGAAGCACCUCCUUCCUGCAAAUGCCCGUGCUAGUAAUAUAGCAACCUUUGUGUAGUAAAUAUCGCUGUCUUAAAAAAAUGUGGACAGCAAUACAAUGUACCCCAUUAAACUGAAUGGUAAAGAGAAUUUUUUAAUAAAAGUUUUAUGGUUUAACGGGUGUU